AUGUUAUGCAGCAUCCUGACCUCAUCCUGGCUCCAGAUGUGUAGGAGGCUGAAGGAGGACCUACAAAGGAAGGCAUUGGUCCAUUACAGGAGCCGGCAGAGCUCUUUGCAGGAGACUGUCAAUAACGAAUCGCCAGCCCUGAUCACAUUCUUCCAGACACCGAGCAGGAGGAAGGUGGUGGUGGAUCCAGACGGUAACAGUUUUCAGGAUGGAAUUACACAAACAGAUAAAGAAGUGAAUGUUUUGGAGGGUAGCAAUGUUACACUGUCAUGCAACUACAGUGGUACUGCUUACAGCCUACAGUGGUAUCGCCAACACCCCGGAUCAAAACUAGAAUUCCUCCUUCUCAUCUUGGAAAGCAGUAAGAAAGUACAGGAAGCAAAACCUCCACAUCCCCGGUUAUCUGUUGAGCUUGACAAACAGAACAGACAUGUGCAUCUGGAGCUGAGCUCUGCUGAAGUGACAGACUCUGCACUGUAUUACUGUGCCCUGGAGCCCACAGUGACAGGAAACCCAAACACUCUAGCUGAAGACAAAGUGACUCAGUCCACAGGAGAUGUAAUUGCUUUUGAAGGAGGAUCGGUGACACUUGGUUGUAAUUUCAGCACAAGUGAUAAAGAAAACGCAUAUCUCUUCUGGUACAUACAGGACCUAAAUAGCUUUCCGAAAUAUAUACUGAGACGGUGGAAAUCAGAAAGACUAAAUGAAAAUGCACCUGGGUUUGGAGAGAGAUUUCAAGCUCAUCUGAACACAAAAACAAACAGUGUCCCCUUAACAAUACAGAAGCUGCAGCUGUCUGACUCUGCUGUGUAUUACUGUAUUGCAGGGCUGAAGACACAGUGA